UCUAUGCAACAUAGUUCGACUUUUGUAUACCUUCAAAUUGGGUUUUAGGUGUUUUUGACCAUUAGUUUCUCGCCUGAGGCGUCAGCCAAUCCUGGCUCAGCCAUUGGCGCUAAGUCCAUCCGACUCGGCGCUGUAUGCCGCUGUGCCGCCCACAUGCACCGCAGCUGCCUCGGUGCUCAUUCUCUGCCACGACAUUUCCUCCAUUUCCUCUCUAAACCAGGGCACUGCCUCUUUCCAGCACGGCGACGAACACCUUGAGCCCAUGCCAGUGCCGCUGCCCUCCUCCUCCUCUUGCAGCCUCUUCGUCUGCAGCAGCAAAGAGGGAGAUUCCUCCUUUGUCUAGACUGUCCACACUCUCCGGAGGUCCCCCAGAAAAAUCUAUCUGAAAGAGACUCUUGAGUGUCACCUAACUAAACAACUUCUUAAACGACAACGCCUUCACAUGUCACAACAUGCCCCCAUAAAUCUUUGAUCUCUUCUACUCACUCCCCACUCUCCCAUUCCUUCUGUUGCCAUGGCGCUACCUUGGGCCUUCGUCCUCCUCUCUGCCCUAUUCUUCCUCUCCUCCUGUGUAUCUAACCUCUUCUCCAGCAGCAGCAGCAAUGGGAGUGGAGGGAGAUGCUCCCUCUGUCCACAGUCUCCAGAGGUCUCAUUCUGUCCACAGUCUCCAGAGGUCUCCCUCUCUCCACAGUCUCCAGAGGUCCCCUCUAUUUUCAGCAUGAGGUACAAGACUGCCUACCACUUCCAGCCUUCCAGGAACUGGAUCAAUGAUCCAUGUGGCCUAAUGUACUACAAAGGCAUCUACCAUAAUUUCUACCAGUAUAAUCCCUAUUGCGCCCUCUGGUGUUGGGGUGACAUAGUUUGGGGCCAUUCGGUUUCGACAGACCUCGUCAACUGGAUCCAACUUGAACCCGUGAUAGAACCGGAUAACCCGAGUGACACAGACGGCUGCUGGACCGGUUCAGCCACAAUUCUGUCUGGUGGUCAACCGGUCAUCUUAUACACCGGUGGCAGCAAAGAUAAGUGUCAGGUCCAAAACCUUGUGCUUCCGAAGAACCCAUCUGACCCGUACCUGAGAGAAUGGACCAAAAUAGGCAAUAACCCAGUGAUCCAACCGGUAGUACCGGGUUUGAACAGAAGCCAGUUCAGGGAUCCAACGACCGGUUGGAUCGGACCAGAUGGACUCUGGAGAAUAGCAGUUGGUGCUCAGCUGAAAAGCUACACUGCUGCACUUUUGUAUAAGAGUGAAGACUUUCUGAGUUGGACUACAGUUGAUCACCCAUUGUAUUCACAUAACUCAUCCAAUAUGUGGGAGUGCAAUAUGUGGGAGUGCCUGGAUUUCUUUGCAGUAUUGCCGGGCAAUAACAGUGGACUGGACAUGUCCGCAGCAAUCCUAAGAGGCACCAAGUAUGCCCUCAAAAUGAGUGUGGGUUACUUUGACAAGUACUUGAUUGGAGUGUAUGAUCUCAAACGAGAUGCCUUUGUGCCAGAUACUAUCGUAGAUGACUGUCGGCUGUGGCUGAAGAUAGAUUACGGCAAUUUCUAUGCUUCAAGGUCAUUCGUCGACUCGAAAAAGGGCAGGAGGAUCAUAUGGGGUUGGUCUAAGGAAGCAGAUCGUCAUUCAGAUGAUGUUGCAAAAGGUUGGGCAGGAAUCCAUACAAUCCCCAGGACGAUUUGGUUAGACAGCGAUGGCAAGCAGUUGCUGCAAUGGCCAGUUGAUGAGAUUGAGUCCCUUCGAACAAAUGAAAUCAACCAUCAAGGACUAGAGCUCAACAAGGGCGAUCUGUUUGAGAUCAAUGGAGUCGACACUUUUCAGGCGGAUGUGGAGAUAAAUUUUGAGCUGACAUCCAUCGAUGACGCCGAUCCUUUUGAUCCUUCCUGGCUUUUGGACCCCGAUAAGCAUUGCUGCGAAGCAGGUGCAUCGGUUCAUGGUGGUAUAGGGCCAUUUGGACUUGUUAUUCUGGCGUCCAACAACAUGGAUGAGCACACUGCCGUGCACUUCAGAGUCUACAAGUCACAGCAAAAAUACAUGAUACUCAUGUGCUCUGAUCUAAGAAGGUCUUCCAUGAGAUCAGGACUGUGCACACCAGCCUAUGGAGGCUUCUUUGAAUUUGAUCUUGAAAAGGAAAGGAAGAUAUCUUUGAGAACUCUGAUUGAUCGGUCGGCGGUGGAGAGCUACGGAGGGGGUGGCAGGGCCUGCAUCACAGCCAGAGUUUAUCCAGUGUUUCUCGCUGUUGACGGCAAGGCCCACAUGUAUGCCUUCAACAAUGGAAGCACCACGGUGAGGGUGCCACAGCUCAAGGCAUGGACCAUGAGGAAAGCAAAGGUGAAUGUGGAGUGAUUAUUGUCACAGAAGAGCAAUGUGGCUGAGAUGUAGAAGUGGCUUGUUUCAUGCGAUGCACACGAAAGUUUACCCUCUAUCUAUGAUGCAGUGGUCAGCUAUGAAGUGGAAUCGCGGGCAUUAUAAAUUGCUCAACUAUGUAUGGUUAUCUUUAGUGAAUUGGCAUUCUGUGUGUGUGUUCAUUAACAUGAAGACAUAAAGACUUGCUUGUAUUAAUAAGUACCUUCCACUUGGA